UUUUUCUUUUACUGCAAUAUAUUCAACUCAACUGUUUUCUCUUGAUUCAUUCAUAUAUUCAAUCUCAGCAAAUACAAAACUGUUAUCGCCGAAGGAAUCUGAAAGGUCCUUCCCUCGUUGGUAUUUGCCACAUUUGGCAUUAAACUUUUAUUUUCUCGUUACUGCUAUUUAACUUUCCGCGCAGCUAUGUUGAUUGAUAUCAGGGAGAAUCGUUAGUUUGCAAUUUUUUCAACAUGAACACGCUUCGCACGCAAAUGCUGUUGUUGUUAAUGCUUUAGAAUGUGGCAAUGAAUCAAAAAUAAAAGUGCAACGUUGAAGUGGAUUAUUCAAAAAUAUUCUAACGGUUGAGCUAUGGCAUUGCAUUCGCGUAUGCUGAGUUAUUGCAAGCAGUGCUUUGCAGCUGCGUGAGUCGAAAGAAUAUUUGCACCAGCGAAUGGCAAAAGGCAACCGAGUGGCGGCGAGCAGCGAGGCGUCUCCGCAGAACACCAACACAAUGCAUCAUGCCUUGAGACCAUUUAUGAUGAUCUCGCAAGUAUUGGCCACGUUGCCUGUGACUGGGGCGUGUCGCAAAUCGUAUGUGGAGCGUGUUCACUUCAGUUGGUGCACUCUAAUUUCAUUCCUUUCCGUCAUCAUGAUCGUCUUCUCGCUCACCGAUGUGGUGCUCUCUACGAAGGUGGUGAUGGAGUUCGGCCUGAAGCUGUACACAGUGGGUCCUUUCAGCUUUAGCAUUAUAUCUGCGGUGAGCGUCAGCAGCUUUCUGCAGCUCGCACGAAAAUGGCCAAAUCUGAUAAAACAUAUGUAUCGCUGCGAAUUUGUGUUUCUACAGAAAUCCUAUGCAAAUAGAGAAUCUCGAAACUUCACUAAUAAUGUUCGUAAGUUUGGUGCUAUUUUACUUUUCGGUGCGGCAAUGGAGCAUUCUGUGUACAUUGGGACUGCAGUUCUCAAUAAUGAUUUUCAAAUUAAGAAGUGCAAUUUAACGGUGGAUUUUUGGAAACAUUAUUAUAUGCGUGAGCGUUUGCAGAUAUUUUCGAUAUUCAACUACCACGCUUACUUGAUUCCAUUGGUGCAGUGGAUUACUAUAUCGACUACUUUUGCUUGGAACUAUGUGGAUAUAUUUUUAAGUAUGAUUUUUCGCUGUUUCGCGAUACGUUUUCGACAAAUGCAUUGGCGAAUUAGGCGACAUGCAAAAAAGCAUAUGCCUGAUAAUUUCUGGCAGGAGGUGCGUAACGAUUUUAUGAGCCUAGUAGAUUUGUUGCGCCUUUUCGACAAUGGACUGUCAACUUUGAUACUUGUGUCGUUUUGCAAUAAUCUCUACUUUAUAUGCGUGCAAAUAUUUCACAGCUUCAACAAUCGAGACAACUUUAUGAAAGAAUUUUAUUUUUGGUUCUCAUUGCUCUUUGUGUUAGUGCGCAUCUUAACAAUGAUGCUGUCAGCGGGUGUGGUGCAUGACGAGGUGAAGCAAAUAAUGUCGACUAUGUAUGAGAUCCCAACGAAGUUUUGGUGCCUCGAACUCAAACGCUUAAAUGAAAUCAUCGUACACGAUUUGGUUGCUUUUAGUGGUAAGAGUUUCUUCUUUCUGACGCGUCGCCUCAUAUUUGCGAUGGCUGGCACUAUUGUUGUGUAUGAAUUGGUGCUAAUCGAUCAGGUGGAGGAUAAGGAUGUGGUUACAGACUUUUGCACAUCACGCAAUGUUUAAGCGUUUAGAAAGGAAUUAAAAGCGAAUUGAAAGAUGCAAUGUUAAAGGAAACCAUCUAAAUAUUGUGUAUAAAGAUAAAUAAUUUUUCGAGCUAAAAGCACAUAUGCACUCACAGAAGAACAUUACUAUUUUAUUCGCAAAUUAAAAC